GUUGGCAAAAGUUUUGUGGCUGCAGACAUGCGUCAAAAGAGAAGACAGAAAAGACGCAACGAGAUACUUUUUUGACUUGGUUUUAACCAAGGAAAAUUCCACUAAAAAUAAAUCCCAAGAACUGAACGAUUCCGGUGCUAGUUCCAUUGGAUCGACAGCGAUCGCCCAGCCCUGCGUGUGAGAGAGAGCUUUGGCAAGCUUUUGCUCUCUCUCUCUCUCUCCCCACGUGCCAUCAGCUGGCUGGCGCUCCAGAUUAGUUUGUUUUUUUUGGCAGCAUGGAGAACAACAGCAAGAACGGCACCAUAAAGACCUUCAAAUACAAGCCACUGGUGCGCAUUGGGAUUGCUGUCCUGGUGCUGCACACCGUCUGCUGGGUGGGAUGGAAUGCGGUGAAUCGAUCAGCGGAGUCCAGCAAUGCGGCGGCGGCCACAGCCGCUGCCCAACAUGAACGCUUGCGGGCAGCCAUCGAGCAGAAGUGAC